CCUGCGGCCGCGUCCCCGCCGGUCCUGCCGACGUGGCGGGGCGGGACCCGGGGCUCCCGCGCGCACUCGGUCGGCCAAGCGACAUUAAAAUGUCGGAUGAUGCUCGUGACACCAUAGCCAAUGGAGUUGGAGAAGAUACUGCUGAGAUGCCCGACAGUGACUCCCCUGCUGAAGAUGCAGCAGAAGUGCAGUGUGGUCCAGCUACAGCUUCAAAGGAGCCAACACCAGCUGACCACACAGGAGAGCAGGCUGAGAUCACAGCUGAGUGUGCAGAGACCACCCCUACAGGACGUCCAGGCCAGUCCAAGGCCAGUGCUGAUGCUGAGACUCCCCUCAAUGGAGAAGUAACUGAAGACACCUUGGUUGAGUGCAUUGAUUCCGUCAGCCUGGAGGGAGACAGCGGAUCUGAAAUACCUCUGAAGGAACAGAACGACUCGGCUGUGGACUCCUCACCACAGGCAGGAAGAUGGGCAGGCUGGGGGUCCUGGGGGAAAUCUCUGCUCUCAUCUGCAUCAGCCACAGUAGGUCAUGGAUUAACAGCAGUCAAAGAAAAAGCAGGGGCAACCCUACGAAUCCACAGUGUCAAUUCUGGAUCUCCCGAAGGGGCCCCAACUGAUGCAGAAAAUGGAAUCUCGGAAAAUGUGAUUCCAGAUCAGGACCCUGCCGGAGGCCCCCACACUCCUCUUCCACCAGGGGCGGCAGGGUCAAGGGGCAUGCUGUCAGCCCUCACCAACGUGGUUCAAAACACGGGCAAAAGCGUUUUAACUGGAGGUCUGGAUGCCUUAGAAUUCAUCGGCAAGAAAACCAUGAAUGUCCUCGCAGAAAGUGACCCAGGAUUUAAGCGGACCAAGACACUGAUGGAGAGAACUGUUUCCUUGUCCCAGAUGUUGAGAGAAGCCAAGGAGAAGGAGAAGCAGAGGCUGGCCCAGCAGCUCACGGUGGAGAGGACUGCACACUAUGGGAUGCUGUUUGAUGAAUAUCAAGGUUUGUCACACCUGGAAGCCCUGGAAAUUCUGUCCAAUGAGAGUGAGAACAAGGUUCAGUCCUUUUUAGCAUCACUGGAGGGAGAGAAGCUAGAACUCUUGAAAAAUGACCUAAUUUCUAUCAAAGACAUCUUUGUAGCCAAAGCGUCAGAGAAUGAAGCAAAUCCAGAAGAACAAGGCCUAGAAGAGAGCGGGGAAGAAUUUGCUAGGAUGCUUACAGAGCUCCUGUUUGAAUUACACGUCGCCGCCACACCUGACAAACUCAAUAAGGCCAUGAAGAAAGCUCAUGACUGGGUUGAAGAGGAUCAUCAAAGUGUGGUGUCAAUAGAUGUGGCCAAAGGGUCAGAGGAGGAAGAGAAGAAAGAAGGAAAGGACGAGAAAGCAGAAGAACCUGAAGAAGACAAAGUGGGAGGCAAAGGAGCUAAGACGGUAGAGGACGUGUACAUGUUGUCCAUUGAAAGCCUGGCUGAAGUCACUGCACGCUGCAUCGAGCAGCUUCAUAAAGUGGCAGAGUUAAUUCUCCAUGGACAAGAAGAGGAGAAACCAGCUCAAGACCAAGCAAAAGUUCUUAUAAAAUUAACCACGGCAAUGUGCAAUGAAGUAGCCUCCUUAUCAAAGAAGUUUACAAAUUCUUUAACCACUGUUGGGAGCAACAAGAAGGCUGAAGUCCUUAACCCCAUGAUCAAUAGUGUGUUUUUAGAGGCUGAGAUUCUCUGGCAUGUUUCUGUUUGAGACCAUCACUGACAUCCCUACCAGCAGUGUCCAAAAUAGCCACGCCCCGUGGCUUAUCCCAGGGCAAAUGGUGCCUGUAGCCUUGAAAGGGAGAAAAUUCCUCCUUUGUAUUUGCUCUGUUCCUGUGGUAGAAGCCACUGUGACUGUCCCCCUAUGGACCAAGUAGAUAUCUGAAUUCUCUGAGUAGCAUGUUUGUGUGCCUCUUUUGUUUUUCAGCUGUAUGUUUCCUGAAGCAACCAAAUAAAAACUCAAGAACAAUUUAUUUGCAACCUAGAAAAAUAAAAUUCUCUUAAAAAAAAAAAAAAGUCAA